AUGGUUCGCUUCUACAGAGUCUCCGCUGCGACCCUCGUCACCGCCGCCACCGUCUCCGCCAUCCCCAUCCCAUGCCUCCUUCCCUUCCUCAGCGGCGCUGGUAGCCUCCUGGGAAGCUCCGGCCUGGGUGCCAGUCUCGGUCUCGGUGGCAGUGCCAGCGGCAGCGGCAACGCCGACUUGGGCGCCAGCCUUGGUGGUAGCGGCAGCGGUAGUGGAAGUGCUGGUGCUGGUCUCGGUGCUGACCUCGGCGCCGGUCUGAGCGGCAGCGCUGGUCUGGGUGCCCUUCUGGGCGGUGGUGCCGGUGCCAGUGCUACCGGUGCUGCGGGUGCUGGUGCUUCGGGAGCUGCCGGUCUUGGUGGCUCCGCUGGCCUGGGUGGAUCUGCUGACCUGGGCGCUGAUCUGGGUGCCGGUCUUGGUCUGGGUGGAAGUGGCAGCGCUGGUGCCGGUCUUGGUGCCAGUGCUACUGGCGCUGCUGGUGCUGGUGCCUCGGGCUCUGCUGGCCUGGGCGCUGGUCUUGGUGGAUCUGCUGGCCUCGGUGGCUCUGCUGGUCUGGGUGGUAGCGCUGGUCUCGGCGCUGGUCUGGGAGGAAGUGCCACUGGUGCUGCUGGUGCCGGUGCUUCUGGCGCUGCUGGCCUCGGUGGCUCUGCUGGCCUGGGUGGCAGCGCCGGCCUUGGUGCUGGUCUUGGAGGAAGUGCUACUGGCUCCGCUGGCGCUGGUGCUUCCGGUGCUGCUGGUCUCGGCGGUUCCGCCGGUCUUGGUGGCUCCGCCGGUCUGGGCGCUGGUCUCGGUGGCAGCGCUACCGGUUCUGCUGGCGCGGGUGCUUCCGGCGCUGCUGGCCUUGGUGCUGGCGCCGGUCUUGGAGGAAGUGCUACCGGUUCCCUCGGUGCCGGCGCUUCGGGUGCUGCUGGCCUCGGUGGCUCUGCUGGCCUCGGUGGUAGCGCUACCGGUGCUGCUGGCGCUGGUGCCUCCGGCGCUGCUGGCCUUGGUGCUGGUGCCGGUCUUGGAGGAAGUGCUACCGGAUCUCUCGGUGCCGGCGCUUCGGGUGCCGCUGGCCUCGGUGCUGGCGCUGGUCUUGGAGGCAGUGCCACCGGUUCCCUCGGUGCCGGUGCCUCGGGUGCUGCUGGCCUUGGUGGCUCUGCCGGUCUUGGUGGUAGCGCUACCGGUGCUGCUGGCGCUGGUGCUUCCGGCGCUGCUGGUGCUGGUCUCGGUGCUGGUCUUUCCGGCUCUGGCUCUGCCGGUCUCUCUGGAUCUGGAUCUGCUGGUCUCGGUGCUGGCGCUGGUCUUGGUGCCAGCCCCAGUGGCAGCGUCGGUGCUAGCCCUAGCGCUAGUGCUGGUCUUGGUGCCGGUCUUUCUGGAUCUGGCUCCGCUGGUCUCUCUGGAUCUGGAUCUGCUGGCCUCGGUGCGGGUGCUGAUCUCGGUGCUUCCGGCGAUGCCUCGGGUGAUGUGAGCGGCAGCGGAUCCGGCUCUGCUUCUCUCGGUGCCGGAGCUUCUGGCAGCGGCGAUGACGAUACUGACGUCGGUGUUUCCCCCACCACCGCAGAAGCUCCCAGCGCCACCACCACUUGGGUCAGUGCCUCCACCAGCGUCUCUCUCGGUCCUUACGGCGGCGCCAGCGGCAGCAUCACGGCUGGAGGAUCCACGGGCGGCGACGACAGCGACGAUUCCGGUGCCGGAGCUGAUGCCGAUGCAGAUGCGGAUGCUAGCGCGGAUGCAGACGCCUCUGCCAGCGCGGAUGCCGAUGCCUCUGCCAGCGGUAGCGGAAAUGCUGAUGCCAACGCUAGUGCUGGGGCCUCCGUUAGUGGUAGCGCUGAGGCCUCUGCUAGCGCUAAUGCGAAGGCUUCUGCGUCCUUGAACUUCUCUGCUUAA